CAGAGGGGGAGUUCAGCUCAUUUCACCGUUCACCGACGCCGCGUGACGCUUAAACACGGGCAGCGCGCGCCGAACGCGAGGAAGCUCUCGCGCUCUCUCACGCGCAAAAUAACGAAUGCAUACUGAUGACUUUGAAUUUACCGUGUCAGGUCGGACCUGAGCGUUUUAAUCGAUGUCGGAGUUUUAUCUCUGGAUAUAAGCCGAAUCACCAUCCUCCUCAGCUGAAAGGAAAGACCUCAUCAAAGAGGCAAAUUAUGCCAGCAGUACCAGAGUCCCUGUCUCUGGUGACGUGCCAGCCUGUUGGUGAGACCCUCCGCUCCAGCGCCCUCUCUCCUGGCAGGCCCAUGCUGGUGGAUGCCCCGCUCAGGCCCACGCCCGCACCAUGAGCGCCAACGGCCCUGCUGCGACUCCUGCCGCACCCCCUGCAGCCUCCGUGCCUGUACCGUCAGUGAUACCUGUCGGCUCGCUGGCCCAGAAGAAGCGGCAGCAGUAUGCCAAGAACAAAAAACAGGGCAGUUCGGCCAAUACGCGGCCGCAGAGAGCUCUCUUCUGCCUCAACCUCAACAACCCCAUCCGCCGGGCCUGUAUCAGCCUCGUGGAAUGGAAGCCAUUUGAUGUCUUUAUAUUAAUAGCGAUUUUCGCCAACUGCAUGGCCUUAGCUGUAUACAUCCCCUUUCCUGAGGAUGAUUCCAACUCAAUCAACCAUGACCUGGAAACAGUUGAAUAUGCCUUCCUUAUCAUUUUCACUAUCGAAACCUUCCUGAAGAUAAUAGCAUAUGGCUUGGUGAUGCAUCAGAAUGCGUAUGUCCGAAACGGAUGGAACAUGAUGGAUUUCGUCAUUGUCGUCAUAGGAUUGUUUAGUGUUGUCUUGGAAGUUCUGACAAAAGAUGGGGAGAAGGAAUCUGUUGGAAGCCACCCAUCCGUUCACGGCCAUGGAGGGAAACCAGGAGGUUUCGAUGUUAAAGCCCUCAGAGCCUUUCGAGUGCUGCGACCGCUUCGCCUUGUCUCAGGAGUGCCCAGUUUACAGGUGGUGCUGAACUCCAUCAUUAAAGCCAUGGUUCCUCUCCUCCACAUCGCCCUGCUGGUUCUGUUCGUCAUCAUCAUCUACGCCAUCAUCGGUUUGGAGCUUUUCAUUGGAAAAAUGCACGCUACCUGUUACUUUCAAGGGACAGAUAUAAUAGAGGAUGAACCCACGCCGUGUGCCGUUAACGGUCAUGGCCGCACAUGCCCCGUUAAUGGCACCGUGUGUAAGGAGGGCUGGCACGGCCCCAACGGAGGCAUCACGAACUUCGACAACUUCAUGUUUGCCAUGCUUACUGUGUUCCAGUGCAUCACCAUGGAGGGCUGGACGGAUGUACUCUACUGGAUGAAUGAUGCUAUGGGGUUGGAGCUGCCCUGGGUGUACUUUGUGAGCUUGGUCAUCUUCGGCUCUUUCUUCGUCUUGAACCUGGUUCUGGGUGUGUUGAGUGGGGAGUUCUCUAAAGAGCGAGAGAAGGCGAAGGCUCGUGGAGAUUUCCAGAAACUACGGGAGAAACAGCAGCUGGAGGAAGAUCUGAAAGGUUAUCUGGACUGGAUCACGCAAGCCGAAGACAUCGACCCUGAGAAUGAGGAGGAAGAUGAGGAAAGCAAACGGAACCGGGUUACACUGGCCAGCCUGAUGGAGAAGAAGAAGAAAGGGUUUAGCUUGUUCAGCCAGUCCUCUGACACCCAUGCGAGUAUACCGGCAAGUGAGACAGAAUCCAUGAACACAGAAAAUGAGAAAGGAGAAGAUAAGGCAACAUGUUGUGGCCCGACAUGUCAAAAAAUUUCAAAAUCAAAAUUCAGUCGGCGCUGGCGUCGCUGGAACCGGUUGUGUCGGAGGAAUUGUCGUUUGGCUGUGAAAUCUGUGCCAUUCUAUUGGCUGGUGAUCAUCCUGGUGUUCCUCAACACUUUGACCAUCUCUUCAGAACAUUACAACCAGCCCUUGUGGCUUACGCAAGUCCAGGAUGUGGCCAAUAAAGUGCUGCUGGCCCUGUUCACGUGUGAGAUGUUGGUGAAGAUGUACAGUCUGGGCCUGCAGGCCUAUUUUGUGUCUCUGUUUAAUCGCUUUGACUGCUUUGUGGUGUGUGGAGGCAUCACAGAGACCAUCCUAGUCGAGUUAGAGAUCAUGUCACCUCUAGGCAUCUCAGUGUUUCGAUGUGUGCGACUUCUCAGGAUCUUUAAAGUCACACGUCACUGGGCGUCUCUCAGUAACUUGGUGGCAUCUCUGCUGAACUCCAUGAAGUCCAUCGCUUCUCUACUGCUGCUGCUCUUCCUCUUCAUCAUCAUCUUCAGCCUCCUCGGUAUGCAGGUGUUCGGUGGCAAGUUUAACUUCGACGAGACCCAAACGAAGAGGAGCACCUUUGACAACUUCCCUCAGGCCUUGCUCACUGUGUUUCAGAUUCUGACUGGUGAAGACUGGAAUGCCGUCAUGUACGAUGGAAUUAUGGCGUAUGGCGGCCCAUCAUCGUCGGGAAUGAUUGUGUGCAUCUACUUUAUCAUUCUCUUCAUCUGUGGAAACUACAUUCUUCUGAACGUGUUCUUGGCUAUCGCUGUGGACAACCUUGCAGACGCAGAGUCUCUGAAUACAGACAGUGACGAUAAGAAGAAAGGUGAUGAAAACGAGGAAAAUGAAGAAGAUCCCAAGGCUGGAGACGAGGAUGAGAAGGACAAUGCAGAGGAGGAUGAAGACUUGCCGGACGUUCCUGCGGGGCCCCGCCCAAAGAUCUCAGAGCUUGUUAAGAAGGAGAAAAUAACUCCAAUCCCAGAGGGCAGUGCGUUCUUCAUCUUCAGCAACACAAACCCAAUUCGUGUCGCAUGCCACAAGCUGAUAAACCACCACAUCUUCACCAAUCUCAUCCUCGUUUUCAUUAUGUUAAGCUCCGCCUCCUUGGCAGCUGAGGACCCAAUCAGAAACUUCUCUGCCCGGAAUAUUGUCCUAGGCUAUGCAGAUUAUGUCUUCACUAGUAUGUUUACAUUUGAGAUCGUGUUAAAGAUGACCACGUAUGGCGCGUUUCUCCACAAGGGGGCUUUCUGCAGGAACUACUUUAAUCUUCUUGAUCUGCUGGUGGUCGGCGUGUCGCUGGUGUCCUUCGGAAUUCAAUCGUCAGCCAUCUCAGUGGUGAAGAUUCUAAGGGUUCUGAGGGUGCUGCGUCCACUCAGGGCCAUAAACAGAGCUAAAGGACUGAAGCAUGUGGUCCAGUGUGUGUUUGUGGCCAUCAGAACUAUUGGAAACAUCAUGAUUGUCACCACACUGUUACAGUUCAUGUUCGCCUGCAUUGGUGUACAGCUCUUCAAGGGCAAGUUUUAUCGUUGCAAUGAUGAAACCAAAUCCAGCCCAGAGGAGUGCAAGGGAACAUAUAUCCUGUAUAAGGAAGGUGACGUGAACCAGCCAAUCAUUCAGAAGCGCUAUUGGCACAACAGCGAUUUCAACUUCGAUAAUGUGCUCAUGGCCAUGAUGGCUCUAUUCACAGUGUCCACGUUUGAAGGCUGGCCAUCGUUGUUGUACAAGGCCAUAGACUCCAACCGGGAGAACUUGGGUCCGAUCUACAACUACCGUGUGGAGAUUUCCAUCUUCUUCAUCAUCUACAUUAUCAUCAUCGCCUUCUUCAUGAUGAAUAUCUUCGUGGGUUUCGUCAUCGUGACUUUUCAGGAACAGGGAGAGAAGGAGUACAAGAACUGUGAGCUGGACAAGAACCAGCGUCAGUGUGUGGAGUAUGCGUUAAAAGCACGUCCUCUCAGGAGGUACAUCCCAAAGAACCCCUAUCAGUAUAAGUUCUGGUAUGUGGUGAACUCCACCGGCUUUGAGUACAUCAUGUUUGUCCUGAUCUUACUCAACACAAUCUGUCUCGCCAUUCAGCACUACGGUCAGUCCGAGCUUUUCAAUUAUGUUAUGGACAUCCUGAAUAUGGUCUUCACUGCCGUCUUUACUGCGGAGAUGGUACUCAAGCUGAUCGCCUUCAAACCCCGGCAUUAUUUCACUGAUGCAUGGAACACGUUUGAUGCCUUAAUUGUUGUCGGUAGCGUCGUAGACAUUGCUAUCACUGAAGUUAACCCCACAGAGGCACCUCAGGUGGAUGAGUCGGGGAACACUGAAGACAGCGCUCGCAUUUCAAUCACCUUCUUCCGUCUUUUUCGAGUGAUGCGAUUGGUCAAGCUGCUGAGCAGGGGGGAGGGCAUUCGAACCCUUCUCUGGACCUUCAUCAAGUCCUUUCAGGCCCUGCCAUAUGUCGCUUUGCUGAUAGCCAUGCUGUUCUUCAUCUAUGCUGUCAUUGGCAUGCAGGUGUUUGGGAAAAUUGCCAUGGUGGACCACACACAAAUCAACAGGAACAACAACUUUCAGACAUUCCCUCAGGCUGUGCUUCUGCUCUUCAGAUGUGCAACCGGUGAAGCCUGGCAGGAGAUCAUGCUGGCAUGCAUGCCAGGGAAGCUAUGUGACCCAGAAUCAGAUUAUAAUCCUGGAGAAGAGAUGACCUGUGGGAGCAACUUUGCCAUCAUCUACUUCAUCACCUUCUACAUGCUCUGCGCCUUCCUGAUCAUUAACCUGUUUGUGGCUGUCAUCAUGGACAACUUUGACUAUCUGACCCGUGAUUGGUCGAUUCUGGGGCCACAUCAUCUUGAUGAAUUUAAGAGGAUUUGGUCAGAGUAUGAUCCAGAGGCCAAAGGCAGAAUAAAACAUCUUGAUGUAGUGACGUUGUUGCGCCGUAUUCAGCCUCCUCUUGGCUUUGGGAAGCUCUGUCCUCAUAGAGUCGCCUGCAAAAGGCUGGUGGCUAUGAACAUGCCUCUGAACAGUGAUGGCACUGUCAUGUUUAAUGCUACACUUUUUGCUCUUGUGAGAACUGCACUAAAGAUCAAAACGGAAGGUAACCUAGAGCAGGCGAAUGAAGAGCUCCGAGCUGUGAUUAAGAAGAUCUGGAAGAGAACAAGCAUGAAACUUCUGGAUCAAGUGGUGCCCCCUGCUGGUGAUGAUGAGGUAACGGUGGGGAAGUUCUAUGCCACUUUCCUGAUACAGGACUACUUUAGGAAAUUCAAGAAACGCAAAGAGGAAGGCCUGGUGGGCGUUCACCCAGCCCAGAACAACACUGCCAUCGCCCUGCAGGCUGGCCUUCGUACGCUGCAUGACAUUGGGCCAGAAAUCCGACGUGCGAUAUCAUGUGACCUGCAGGAUGAUGAGCUAGUAGACUUUAUACCAGAGGAGGACGAAGAAAUUUAUAGGCGAAAUGGAGGACUCUUUGGCAACCACAUUAACCACAUAAAUGGAGACCCCCGGAGGAGCUCCGACCACCAGACAAAUGCCACACAGCGCCCCCUGCAGGUGCAGCCGCCUCCACAUUAUGCCCAAAUGGAACACCCCAUGGGGCGCCUGGACCGUGCCAAUGCCAUGGCGCAGCCAAACCACCAUCGCCACCAUCACCACCAUCAUCACCAUCAUCAUCAUAACAACUCCUACAGCAAGUCACCCAAGUCUACCAACAUAAACCUCAACAAUGCCAAUAUGUCCAGUUUACCCAAUGGAGGACACAAUCGUUACUAUGAGCACAUGCCUGCUAAUGGUUACCCUGGAUUGUACUACGGAGAAUACGACAAGCCCAGGACCCCACACGGACAAAGAAGGCGCUACUAUGAGACGUAUAUUAGGUCGCAGGGCAGCGACAGAAAACGACCCACUAUAUGCCACGAAGAGGAGUAUGAAGAAGAUCGUUACUCUGGAGAGUACUACAGCGGAGAGGAGUUUUACGAAGAUGACAGCAUGCUGUCGGGUGACAGGUACCCCAACAGUGACCAAGAAUACGAGACGCCACGGGGUUACCAUCAUCCUGACAGUUACUAUGAGGAUGACGAGCAGCCCCUUUAUCAUGAUUCACGUAGGUCACCAAAGAGAAGACUGCUUCCUCCAACACCGCAAGGUAAUCGGAGACCGUCGUUUAAUUUUGAGUGUCUGCGCAGACAGAGCAGUAAAGACGAUCUUCCUCACCACCGCACGGCUCUUCCGUUACAUCUCAUGCAACACCAGGUGAUGGCAGUAGCGGGUCUAGACUCCAGCAGGGCUCACAGGCUUUCACCUACUCGAUCUACCAGAUCAUGGGCGUCAUCUCCUCCAACUCCUGCAAGUAAAGAUCGAACACCGUACUACACGCCACUUAUCCGCGUGGACCGUCCUCUGAGGGACAGCGCCCACAGCAGCCACUCAUCCAUCAGGAAGAGCUCAUGGUAUACAGAUGACCCUGAGUACCAGAAGAACUACUCGCCCGUUCACCUGCAGGUGCCACCCGGGUACAGAAACCAGUACCACCAAAAGAGAGGCAGCGCUACCAGCCUGGUUGAGGCGGUCUUGAUAUCAGAAGGACUGGGUCGCUAUGCCAAGGAUCCGAAGUUUGUGGCUGCCACAAAGCACGAGAUCGCGGAUGCAUGCGAGAUGACCAUUGACGAAAUGGAGAGCGCCGCCAGCCAUCUCCUGAAUGGCGGCAUUACACCAGGAGUCAACGUCGUCAACGUCUUUCCCAUAAUGGGCCCCAGAGACUACGAGAUGCAGGAUGUCUCGGCUAGCUACAGUGACGAGGAGCCAGAACUCGAACCCAGAACGCAGUACGAGGAGGACCUGGCAGACGAAAUGAUAUGCAUUACCAAUUUAUAGCACCUGGUUAGCGGCUGAUGCUGUUCCUCAGAAACUGAUCAGUGAAACAAACAAAUUUAAAAUAGAUUUACUGGCUUACUACCUUAAGAAGUGCCUUCACAGCAGAGCAGAAACCAUAAGUACGGACAAGUACGGACGCAUCGGUGUCGCUCGCUCACUUCCUGUUUGCACAGGAACUUGGUAGUCACGGCGCCGGGGAGGAGCUUAUUCAAACUCUGGGGGUGAACUUUAAUUGGCUUUUUGUACCAUCACUUCAGGAAAUGGACCAUUGAGCAGAGAGGGGCGGGGUGGGGUGGAGGGGUUUAGGCUGUUUCCAUGGUGAUGACAAUCAAAACAAAUGUCAUUACCGAAGUCACUUUAUUAAUGGUUUUGCAUAUCAAGCACGUUGCAAGCUCAAUGCAAGCUAAGUACGGCAUAUAUCUCAACAAAGGCUUUAGUUUCAACUUACCCCGUACGAGUAUUUUAGUACCGGUUAAGGUCAAGUGCAUAUUUUAGAGAACAAGUGCUAAUUCUACAGCUCUGGUGUACAAUAAGGAUAUCAUGCAGGUUUGUGGAUUUGGAGAGGAUUUCAGCAUUUGUGUUGAAUGCACUAGCAGACAGGUUAUUUUUUAAAUUUAGGAUAGCCUGUUUGAUAUUUCAUAAUAUGCUGUAAAUUACUUGUUAUAUAUAAAGCAGUUGAAACUUUGUAAAGAGACAUUAUAUAUUUUGUAAUUAUGUACUGUACAAAAAAGAAAUUCAGCAAUAUUAAUUCUAAUUGAUGUUACUGCAUUACAAAAAAGACUAAAUUUGGUGUUAUUUUAAUAGGUACUGUACUUUAUUAUUAAAUUAUUUCCCUUUAUUAUUUGCUCAUUUGCAUUCUUACUCGUUUGUGAAAAGUAUAGAACAAAAAAAGCCAAUUUUCUGAGGUUACGUCUGUGACACUCCCGCACAAGAUAUGCAAGUUGUUUUCUCAGUGUCCAUUUAAUAAGUGUAACCGACGCAGUGUUCCUUUAAAAUCUAUGGCAUGCAGUAUGGGGCAUGAGCGUCGACCCCCUUUAUGAGGACUUUAGUAGGGCUUACAGAAUCAUGUCUUAAUCAUGCUUUUGUUUGAUUAGAUUGAACGAGUUGUCGAAUAGGACUUCCCGUUUUAAGGCAUUCGUGUUUCGUUGCAUAUUUUGUGCCAGGGAGUUGCACAGGGAGGUGCAAUGGUAAAUGCUUUGUGCAUUAACAAUGCUGCUUAAUUAGUCUGCAGUUAAACUGUAUGACCCUCACUUGGAAAAGCCUGCUCCUACUGGCUGAUCUAGGAAUAGCUGAUCUAGGAAUAGCUGAUCUAGGAAUGGCACACUGCUAUAGCAAAUUAUUUCUACCACUAACGUAUUUAGGUGUGCUUUGAAUGCUGAAAACUUUUAGUUUCAUAAUGAUGUUGAUUACCAUGACAAAAUGUGAGGACAGGGGAGUUUUGGGUUGCUUAAAGUGCAUGAUCGCAUCAUGAAUCCUUAACGGAACAGUUCAGGCAAAA